AUGUCUCUUAUGCGAAACCCUAGAUUCACUUGUCUUCUUGAUUGGGUAUCUCAAGUUUCUGUAAAAAACCAAGCUUUAAGAAACCCUAGAGCUUUCGCUACCCAAAAGACGGUCGAUUCUAAAGUUUCCGGCGAGAAAUUGAGUGUUAAAACCCGAGGUGAGAAUCGGAAAAUGGCUCAAGUUGCGAUGUUUGAUUACUUUUAUCAGACAAGAGGUUUGCAGUUUCUUGUUGCAGAGAGUAUGAGUAAGAAUGCGCCUGUUUUUAACGAUAAUCUAUUGAAGAAGCUAAAUGGUGUUGAAGCUGAUGAUUUAGUUAGAUCAAUCACAAGGUUUCUAUUGUUUCAUCCUGUGAAUGAAUUCGAGCCAUUUCUCGAGAGUUUAGGUCUGAAUCCGACAGAGUUUAGUCAUUUAAUUCCUUGUGAUAAGAUGUUUCUGAAUGAAGAUUUGUUUUUGCUGGAGAAUUACCAUGUCUUUUGGAACUAUGGAAUUGACAGGGAGAAAAUGGGGAAGAUCUUUAAGGAAGCUAGGGAAGUUUUCGGGUUUGAAACCGGGGUUUUAGCUUCCAAGAUUCAGGUUUAUGAGGAUUUGGAGUUUAGCAAAUCGUUUUUGUCGAAAGUUAUCGUUUGUAGCCCGAGUAUAUUGAUUGGGAAUGUGAAUCUUGAAAUGGUUGAGUUCAUGGAGAUGUUGAAAUCUAUGGGUUUUGGUUUAGAUUGGGUUACAGAGAAUUUGUUAGAGGAGGGAUCUUAUGAUUGGAGCUCUAUGUAUAGGUGUUUAAGCUUUCUUAGAGAUCUCUGUGUCGAUGAGAACGGGUUAUGCGAGUUGAUCAGGAAGCGGCCGAGGUUGGUUUUCGAGAAUUCAGGGGAAUGGACACUGAUUCUAGCUGGGUUUGAAACAAAACUAGGGUCAUCCAGAAGUGAACUCUCUUCGUUGUUUCUGAAAGUCCCGCACGGUUUAGGGAAAUGUGUUUCGAAUCUAAGGCAUUGCUUCUUGUUCCUGAAAGAGAUUGAGAUGGAGGGUAAUGAGAUAGGUAAGGUUUUCCGUUCUCACUCGUCGUGGCUUGGUGUAUCUCGUUUGAAGCAGACCAGUACAUUGCUUCUCAAUUUGAGAAGUGGGAAAAACCGGCUUUGUCAAGUCAUUCGAGAAAACCCGGAAGAGAUGAAGAAAUGGAUUAUUGGGUUAAGAGUCCAGCCGCUACCAUGUAUAGACGAAAAGUCGAAAACAAUGAAGACUCAGUUUUUGUUGGACCUCGGAUACGAGGAAAACUCACUGGAAAUGGAGAGAGCAAUCAAGAGUUUCCGCGGCAAAGGAUCUGAACUCCGAGAGAGAUUUAAUGUCCUGGUCAGUUCGGGUUUGAACGAAAAAGAUGUCAAAGAUAUGGUGAAAGCAUCUCCUGAUAUCCUCACUCAGGGAUGUGAUGUUCUAGAAUCAAAGGUUAACUACCUUGUAAACGAAUUAGGUUAUCCGGUUUCGAGUUUGGCGGCUUUCCCUUCGUGUCUUAAAUACACUCUUCAGCGGAUGAAGCUCAGAUUUGAAAUGUUCUCUUGGCUUCAAUCCCGAGGAAAGGUAGACCCAAACCUUGCGCUUAGUACUAUACUCGUGUACUCGGACAAGUCUUUUUCGACCAAAUUUGUAAACCGUCACCCCGAUGGGCCUAAACAUUUCGAGGAUUUGAAGAAACUACUUCUUUGUGAGUAG